AACACGCAGCCACAAUUACAGCACACCGUGUGAGCUUACGGACCUUGUCGCUCCUCUCCACGGCCUCCUCUCCCUCUCUCGGCCGCUCUGUUCACUUCAAAGGCGGAGAGGAUCAGCUCCACGGCCGCUGCGACCCGCUCCAUCAGCAGCCCCCGCAGCUCCUCCACCUCCGCCUGGCGGCGCUCCUCCAGCAGCCCCAAGAUCCCGGAGGCUAAUGCCGCCAGCUGCUGCUCUAUGGAGACCUUCAGGCUGUUGCUCACUAGCCGCUUUUUUGACAUUUUUUAAGAAGAUUUCCAGCUGAACCAAAGAGCAAAAUGUAAACAGAAGGAUGAACUUCCGGGACAGAGUGAACGUCAUUUCCGGGGAAAAGCGGAAACGUGUGGUUGAAUUGCUGGCUACUCAGUUUAGGCUACCUUCCAAAACAAAGCGAAAUUAACGCUGCUUCAAGAAUCAACUGACACCUCGAAGCAGCCUAUAUGGCUCAACAGAAGAAAAAGAAGAAUCACAAAAAGGGCAUACCUGAUCGGUGGCUGGACUACUGCCCUGUAGGGCGGAGGAUACCAGGAACUAGAUUUAUUGCCUUCAAGGUUCCUUUAAAACCAUCCUUAAAUUGUCAAGUUCCAGAUUCUCAGUCUUUCAGUCUGUGGGACCUCUUGGACUCUGUGGGACGGCAAAACCAAGAGCUGGGUCUGAUCGUGGAUCUCACCUUUACCACGAGGUACUACUCGGUGGAAGACGUCCCACAGUCCUGCUCCUACAUCAAGAUCUUCACAGAGGGUCACAGAGUUCCCUCUGAUUCUACCAUCCUCGACUUUAAGCGGGCGGUGAAGCAGUUCCUGAAUGAGAACCAAAACAACAACAAGUUAAUCGGAGUCCACUGCACUCACGGCCUGAACCGUACGGGAUACCUGAUUUGCAGAUACCUGAUCGAUGUGGACGGGGUUGAUCCUGAAGCGGCUCUGGAGCUCUUCAAUAGCAGCAGAGGUCACUGCAUUGAGAGGAAGAACUACAUCCAUGAUCUCAAGAAGGUCGCCAAGAGAAGCAAUGAAGGCAUCGACAAGCCAGACAAAAGUCCUAUCGGCGGGCUCGCUGUGGAGAACAGACCACUGACGAACAUAAAGCAGGAGAAGGCGGAGAUUAAUACCGCAGCACAGGACGCCGAAGCCUCUGCUGAUGACUCAGCAGAAAAUAAACAACCCAAUGAGAAGGAAGCGCCCCAAAAACGAACCAAAAGCAGAGGAAGACGUCGGCCAAAAAAGGGAGAAAAGAAGUCUUUGGAUGGAUGUACCCAAGAUGCGCUGCCUACCACCUGAGCAGAGCAGAAGAUAAAACAGAGAGUUUAUAAAACUGAGCUCAAGUUAAUUCAGCCAAGAAGACAGAAACAAAAGUACAUUUUAUUUUUAUUUUUUUACCAUUUCUUUGCCAGCAUUUGCUUCCUGCCUAAAUAAUAAUAAAAUUUAAAGAAAUCUUUACCUAAUAUAUUGAAAGGCUGAAUGUUAUGAUUUUAUCUGCUUAUUUCUAAUGUAUCAUUUACUCUUAGUUUAGACCCCGAGCAGCACGUCGGCUCACAGGACGAAUUAUUUUCAGCACAAGGUGACUUUCUUUGACAGGAAAAAAGUAAACUUAUGUGUUCUGUUUUAAUGAAUGAAUUAACAAAUAUUUUUUUAGUCGGAGGUUUCAGAUAAUUUUUUUGAUACAAAAUAUUUUUAAUAUAAUUCAGCCAGUUUAUAUUUAAAGAAGCUCAAUAUUGGUUGUGUUUUAAAAGAUCAAUAAAGUUUGUUUGGUUAUUGAAAUUAAA